AUGCCGUGUGAAAUGUUCUGCAGCAAAGAGGAAGCAGUGAUAGAGCAACAAAACUGCCUUUUCAGUUUUAGCAAACUGGAAGAACUGUCAACUCACAACAGGUUGCCUCAGUAUUGCAUUGCAACUGAAGAACAUGAUACAAUCCAUAAGCCGGGCCUUUCUUACAAUCUCGCUUUUUUUUUUUUUUCCAUCUACCCUCAACUCACCAACAUAAGUGCAGAUCCAACUCUGCCCCAAUGCCCGCCUGGCCCCAAAGCACCCAGUUCUAGGGACUCUUCUCCAAUGCCUGAGAUUUAUGGGCCUGAAGAAAAUUAUGCGUCCCUGCAAAUGUCAUCUGCUGAGACACCCCACGCGGAGACCAUCUCUCCUCUUCCUUCCUCUGUGGAUCUGCUUGUUCAGGACAGUCCCGACUCCUCCACCAGUCCCAGGGUAAAACUACCACCCACUUCUGGAGAGGAGAGAACAGUGAGGAAGGAAGAUACGGCCCAGGGCAAGAAACAGAUCAGGACCAUGUUCUCUCAGACCCAACUCUAUGUCCUCAAUGAUCAAUUUCAGAGACAGAAAUGCCUCAGUCUCCAGCAGAUGCAAGAACUUUCCAACAUUCUGAACCUUAGCUAUAAGCAGGUGAAGACCUGGUUCCAGAACCACCGUAUAAAAUGUAAGAGUUGGCAGAAAAACCAUUGGCCAAAGGAGAGAGAGAGUGUGACUCAGAACACCACAGCAACCGCAGAAUACCCAGGCUUCUAUUCCUACCACCAGGGAUACCUGAGGAACACUUCCGGAAACCUUCCAAUAUGGAGCAACCAGACCUGGAAUAACCCGAAUUGGGGCAACCAGAUCUGGGACAGCCAGUCUUGGAGCAACCAUUCCUGGACCAGUCAGAGCUGGUGCCCCCAAGCCUGGAACAAUCAGUUCCAGAACUGUGGAGAGGAAUCCCUGCAGCCCCAGAUCCAGUUCCAGCAAAAUUCCAUCAGCAAUUUGGAGUCCAUCUUAGAAACUUUUAGGGAAAGCCAUAGUGUAAUACAACAAUCUGCUAAGUAUUUUAGUACCCAGCAAAUAAUGGAUUUGUUCCCAAAUUAUUCUGUGAACAUACAGCCUGAAAAUGUGUGA